GCAAAGCUUACAUGAACAAUGGUUGUUGAGGGAACAGAAGGCACAAGAAGAAUUCAGAGUAAAGAAGGAGAAGGAAGAGGCAGCUAGAAGGUGGCAAGAAGAACAAGAGAAAAAGUUAAGGGAAGAAUGGGAGGAAUAUCAGAGAAGAGAAAGAGAACAUAAGGAGCAGAAGCUGCAGGAGAAGAGGGAAAGAGAGUUUACAACUGCUGCCACAUGGCAAAACCCAGAACCACCCAUGGACUUAAGAAUAAUGGAGAAAGACCGAGAUAACUGUCCAUUCUACAGUAAAACAGGAGCUUGCAGAUUCGGAGAUAGGUGUUCACGUAAACACGAUUUCCCCACAUCGAGUCCCACGCUCCUCAUUAGAAGCAUGUUCACAACGUUUGGAAUGGAGCAGUGCAGUAGGGAUGACUAUGACCCCGACGCCAGCCUGGAGUACAGCGAAGAGGAGACCUACCAGCAGUUUCUGGACUUCUACAAGGACGUGCUCCCUGAGUUCAAGAAUGUGGGGAAAGUGAACCGGUUCCAAGUCAGCUGCAACCUGGAACCUCACCUGAGGGGCAAUGUGUAUGCUCAGUAUCAAUCAGAAGAAGAAUGCCAAGCAGCCCUUUCUCUCUUUAACGGACGAUGGUAUGCAGGGCGACAACUUCGGUGUGAAUUCUGCCCAGUGACCUGGUGGAAAACAGCAAUUUGUGGCUUAUUUGAAAUAGAACAAUGCCCAAGAGGAAAACACUGCAACUUUCUUCACGUGUUCAGAAAUCCCAACAAUGAAUUUUGGGAAGCGAAUCGGGACAUCUACCUAUCUCCAAAUUGGUCCAGCUCUUCCUUCGGCAAGAACUCAGAGAGAAGAGAGAGGAUGGGCCACCGUGAUGAGUACUAUGGCAGGCCCAGGAGGAGGAGAAGCCCCAGUCCAACCCAGAAGAAAAGUAGUCGUAGGGAAAAGAAAUCUCACAAACACAUGGCAGAAAAUCGUGAAAGGUAUAGUUCACAAAGUAGAGAAAGACGAAGAGACUGUGGCCAUAGUCAGGGCAGCCUAAGUAGAGAGAGCCAGAGCCGUCAGAAUCACCACAUUAGCUUCUCUAGACACAGGAAUUCUGGUAGGAGGAGGUCAGGCAGUAAAGAGAGAACUAUUUCAAGUUCCAGCUCCAAAUAA